AUGGACGAUAAAGCGACUGGUCGUCGCAGACGCUCCAGCAGCAUCCUGCAGGUCUAUCACGAGCCCCCCGAGACGCUCGAGCAAAUCUCUGACCAGGCUGCUCUUCCCAACCUCAAUGCAAACUGGACCAACGCAAAGGGAGCGUGGACCAUUCAUUUUGUCUUGAUAGCAUGCCUCAAAAUCUUUUACGACGUCAUCCCGGGAGUCUCGCAGGAGACCUCAUGGACCCUGACCAACAUUACCUACAUGGUCGGCUCGUACAUCAUGUUCCACUAUGUCCGAGGAGUCCCCUUCGAAUUCAAUAGCGGUGCCUUCGAUAACCUCAACAUGUGGGAGCAAAUCGACAACGGUGCCCAGUACACCCCCACCAAGAAGUUUCUCCUCAGUGUCCCCAUUGUGCUCUUCCUCCUGAGCACCCAUUAUACCCACUACGACCUGGCCUACUUCAUCAUCAACUUUUUGGCUGUCUUGGCCGUGAUUAUUCCCAAGCUUCCCUUUAGCCAUCGCAUGCGCUUUGGCCUUUUCUCAGGUCUCCCCGAGGAGGAGUAA